CGGGGAAGGUGUGCUGGUGUGCGAAUGCCUGUGACUCUCCUGAGAAAUAAUCACGUCCGCGCAAGAAAUGGCCUAGUUCCCAACAGCAGAGGAUACUAAAGGGACUUUUGCACGGUUCGGACCGCCGUCAUCCUCGGAAAGGCGCCGCCGCUGUCUUCUGAAGGUGUAAUUGGCUUCCUGACUGCAGCUUUGGACCCAUCAAGAGAUCCAAAGAGGAAGACGGACGAGCCUACAGGCUCAAAUGAGAAUGCUACCAAAAGCACCACAGCACCGUGCCACCCAAGGAAAACUAUUAACCUGUCCCCUUACAAACAUCCUCUUUUUGCCUUCGCUCUCCUUUAUGACUGUGAAUCUGUGAUCAUCAAGCCGAUGUCUUAUUGAGAUGACUAAAGGAGCUUUUAUUUUGGACAUGUUGUUUUUUCCUCUCAAUGCUGCCAGCCAUCAAGGCUUUGGUGGGAAUCGUCAACGUAGCCCUCAAAGGAAUGCUAAGCCCUGUCGGGUUUGGCUCUUGGGGCUCAUACUACACCUGACCCUCUCCUCAUGUCAGCGAGUGGACAAAACCCCGAUAGUAUCCACAGGCUAUGGAAAAAUACGUGGCGUCAGAAAGGAGCUCAACAACGAGAUCCUGGGUCCUGUGGAACAAUACUUGGGAGUACCCUACGCCACCGCGCCCAUCGGCGAGCGCCGCUUCCAGCCGCCAGAGGCUCCGGGCUCCUGGCAGGAGAUCCGUAACGCCACCCACUUUGCCCCCGUGUGUCCCCAAAAUGUGCACGGGGUCCUACCUGAGAUCAUGCUGCCUGUGUGGUUCACAGACAAUCUGGAUGCUGCAGCCACCUACGUUCAGAACCAGAGCGAGGACUGCCUCUACCUCAACAUCUACGUACCAACAGAGGAGGGCCCACUCACGAAAAAACUGGAUGAAUCUACAUCGAACAGACCACGGGAUGAAGAUAUUCGUGAUCGACGUAAGAAGCCGGUGAUGUUGUUCAUCCAUGGCGGCUCCUACAUGGAAGGCUCCGGGAAUAUGUUUGAUGGCAGCGUCCUUGCGGCGUAUGGAAAUGUCAUUGUGGUCACCAUGAACUAUCGACUAGGGCUAGGCGGCCUAGGCUUUUUGAGCACAGGGGACCAGUCUGCCAAGGGGAACUAUGGUUUGUUGGAUCAGAUCCAGGCGCUGCGCUGGCUCAAUGAAAACAUCGGCCACUUUGGAGGAGACCCGGAGAGAAUCACCAUCUUUGGCUCGGGAGCUGGAGCUACCUGUGUGAACCUUCUUAUCCUCUCUCACCACUCUGAAGGUUUGUUUCAGAGGGCCAUUGCUCAGAGUGGCUCCGCCAUUUCCAGCUGGUCAGUCAACUACCGACCGGUCAUGUACACCAAGAUUCUCGCUAAGAAGGUUGGUUGCACUCUGGGGGAUAUGGCGGAGUUGGUGGGCUGCCUGAGGAGGAAGAGUUUCCGGGAGCUGGUGGACCAAGACAUACAGCCCGCACGCUACCACAUUGCAUUCGGACCUGUAGUAGACGGUGACGUGGUGCCUGAUGACCCCGAGAUUCUAAUGCGGCAGGGUGAGUUCCUGAACUAUGACAUAUUGCUGGGUGUAAACCAAGGAGAAGGUCUGAAGUUUGUGGAUGACAGUGAAGGAGAAGAUGGGAUAUCUGCACCCUCGUUUGACUACACCAUCUCCAACUUUGUCGACAAUCUUUACGGAUACCCUGAUGGUAAAGAUAUACUGAGGGAAACCAUCAAGUUCAUGUAUACAGACUGGGCUGACCGGGACAACAGCGACAUGCGUAGGAAGACCCUGUUGGCGCUCUUCACGGACCAUCAAUGGGUGGCUCCAGCUGUGGCCACCGCCAAAUUGCACGCGGAUUUCCAGUCUCCCGUCUUCUUCUACACAUUCCACCACCACUGUCAGACAGAGGCGAGACCUGACUGGGCUGACGCAGCCCACGGAGAUGAGAUCCCCUAUGUGUUUGGCAUUCCCAUGGUUGGAGCCACUGACUUAUUCCCAUGUAACUUCUCCAAGAAUGACGUCAUGCUCAGUGCUGUGGUCAUGACGUACUGGACCAACUUUGCCAAAACGGGUGACCCUAACCUCCCAGUUCCUCAGGACACCACGUUCAUCCACACCAAGCCGAAUCGUUUCGAGGAAGUCAUCUGGACCAAGUUCAGCUCCAAAGACAAGCAGUACUUGCAUAUCGGCCUCAAGCCACGCGUCAGAGACAACUACCGGGCCAACAAGGUGGCCUUCUGGCUGGAGCUGGUGCCGCACCUCCACAGCCUCCACAAGGAAAUCAUCAGCUCCAACGCCACACGACUGCCGGCUGGGGAGAACCCCCACGGUAAGGUCAAUCACAACACCGGUACCCACUCCACACCGCACCCCGUAAUCUCCGCCUACCCGCCUGAGCCGGACGGUUCCGAGAGACCCCGCAACACUCCCUUCCCUCCUGAGACGAGGGACUAUUCCACUGAGCUGAGUGUGACGGUGGCUGUGGGCGCGUCUCUCCUUUUCCUCAACGUGCUGGCCUUUGCUGCCCUUUACUACAAACGAGACAAGCGCCACGAACUCAUGCAGAGGCGUCACCGCCGCCUGUCCCCGCAACGCGGCGCGACCAUGGGCAUGGGCAUGGGCAUGGGCAUGGGCAUGGGCGUCGGCCUCGGAGUCGUAGGGGCCCCGCCGCACAACGACCUGGCCCUGAGCCAGGAAGAGGAGCUGAUGUCACUCCAGAUGAAGCAGCAAAGAGUGGAGCUAGAGCACGGCACACCUCUCCCCUCCCGUGGCAUCCAUGGUGACCUGGAACCUUUGCGGCCCCCGGUGUGCCCACCUGACUACACGCUGGCGCUGCGGCGGGCACCGGAGGACGUGCCGCUCAUGACGGCCAACGCCAUCACCAUGAUCCCCAGCACCAUCAGCAGUAUGCAGCCCCUCCACCCCUUCAACACGUACCCUCCCGUCCCCGCCCCGUCCACUACCCCCGUCCCCAGCCACAGCAACAAUGCCUUGCCGCACCAACACUCCACUACUCGUGUAUAGGACCCGGCACAACCUCUGCGGGCCCCACUGUGGGCACACAUCAUGCAUCGUCACCCCCAUCGCCCUCUACUGGUCUUUACUCGGUAUUUCUCAUGAAGCCCUUAAAUAAAGCUGCAGUUUGUAAGAUUUUAAGCAGUGACAAAUACCUCUAUAAAUGUAAUCACUGGUCAAGGUUGGAUUGACUGUGACUGCUGAGAGACAAGCAAUUACAAAUACCAUUGUGCAUCGAAAUCUUAUUCUUCCGCUUGGUUUUACUCACUCGUAAUAACACCGCCGGCUUCAUCAAACACCAAGCUCAAGCUUCCUCAAAGUACAAAAUGUUCGGCUGUUCAUUUUCUUAGCCCUAAUUUGGUCCCAAAUCUUCUUCUUUUGUUAGAAACUCAAAGGUGAACUAAGGACACGAAAAGCAGUGGUGUGGCCGUGGUGCCGUGGCAUUGCAUUUAAGCACUUAGUAGGCAUCCAAUCAGAUUGCUCCGAUGUCAAGCGUGCACCGCUCACAGCCCGUAUUUUCAUGGUAUUUGAGGGUCAUUAGGAAGCGCAGUGAUAUGUCAACUAGGCCUCAAUUCAUUUCUUUCAUUGGCAUGUCAGCUCAGUGCAUCACACGCUGCAGUUUGUAUUCUUCCGCUAAUUUCAAACAGAGCUAAUAACGACCAGUUCCCACCACAUUCUAAUUAAAUCAAAGAACACAAUAGAAGGUUAGUUUGAUUCUUCUUCAGCUGAAAACUAAAUGAAGGUGGAGAAAGGUGAGAUAGAUGGAAAUCGCUGCAAGGUUAAAGCACUUGAGAAACGGAAAAUCAGAUUGUCACCCACACAUACCGCUCACAACACUUCGGGAGUGUAUGGAAUGGUAUUUGGGGAUUGCUAUGAUGUGGUGUGAUGUGUUUUACCAGCGUUACAGUCCUCAAUUCAUGAUCUUCUUUCUUUGUGAAUUCAACUCAGCAUUUACGUUGUACAUUGUAGCUUCUAAUUUAGAUUCUUCCAAUUGCCGUCAUAGCUUCGCCAUUUCCAAAUUCAUAAUUUCACCAAAAACGCAACAUGAGGUUCCAAGACUGAUUUUCUGGACAGACAAAAAAAAUAAAAAAUUUAAAAAAAGGAAUGAUGCGACAAAGUUGUCACGGUGUCGCUGGGAGAUCAUAACGCUUACCGAACGUCCAAUCGGAUUGCUCUGAGGUCAUCGUCGACUCCACACAGCCCCUAUACAAAAUAUGCUCCAUUUUGAUGAAAUCUGGGACUUGCAAUUACAGUAUAUGAUGGGAUGGGUUAACUGCUAGUCCUUAACUUAUUUCCUUCUUUGCCUGGGUGACGUCUCUCUGCAAUGACAUGCGAUGUCUGUGUUUUAAAAAGCUCAAUUUAGUUACGUUACAAGAAUCCUCUGUAAACUUGUGACAAUUUCUCGGAGAAGGUCUGAACUAAAUAUAAUCUGUGACACAUUUUGCAUAAUGUUUAGUUGGUUAGCCCAAGUCUUCAUAAAUUUGUGAACGGUCAAAAGAAUUCAUUCGUUUCUUUAAGCUUUGCCGGAAACAAUCUACAGUAUGGCCAAACAUUGUGUCUGUCACGAGCCAGUGGUUUCUUGAAAUUUACAAAUUGCAGCUUUAAGGCCCAAUCUGGAAGUGAGACUCGGUCCUGUGUGGUAAACAAGAUGCUCCGACAGCUGGUGCCGCUGUCUGCGUUUUUGUGAAACUUGGGACAAGAAAGAUGCAAAAUUUACAUUGGCUUUAAAAUUGGAUUUUCUACCUCAGUCUCGGAUAUGUUGGGUUUUUAUUUUGGGACAUUUCCAGAUUGGGACUUCAACUUUUGGGUGGAACAGGAAGUAAGCGAAUCAUAUUUAGCCUGUGGGACGCAACCUGGAAUUCAGGCUGCACAUGAUUCUCAUGGCAUCUCAUCCCCAGUGGCGCGGCUCAUGUCCAUUUGUUUAUUUGUUUCUCUCUAAUUACGUAUGUCUCGACACCGCCGACCCAUUCCUCUCUUUCAGUUUCUCUGCUGCCUCGUCGCAUCAGCCCCCUCUUUCAUUUGAUCAAUCCAUUAACGCAAUGGGUCUUUCCUCUUUCAUGCAAUCUCAUCAAGACUCGUUUUCUCUUUUGGAGUCUUUUAUACGAAAAAAAAACCCACAAAUGUAAAUGAUGUAUUAUUAAUAAAUUGUAAGGAUAUGAAUGGGGGAAAAAGAUAUUCUGAUAUCUCAUUUUUACCAGCAUUUUUGGUGCCAAGUACUGUGAUAAAGUUCCUCUCUCGCUGGCAUCCAGUGGACUGCCUGAAGAGGUCCACCCUGACUGUAUCUUAACUGAAGGAAUUACCAUCAUAAAAGUGCCAACCUUUUCAUUUUUGUUUUUGACAAACACACGCGCACUCGCAAACAACCGUGCAACAAAAUCAUAUCCACUGCUACACUGUGGAUGGUCUCUUCUUUUAGAGAACAUAGAUUCACUAUGUUCUCAAUUAAGAAAAGAAAAUGGAGUUUGCUCAACUACGUUGCAUGAUAUUGUUUCUCCUUAAGGGUGUGGAUGGGAACAUUUUCUUUGUUUUUUUUAACGAGUUUGGUUACAUGAGUUCAUCGAUUUUUAUUUUUUUUUUUAUUUUUUUGUGAAAGUAAUCUUCUCAUUUCAAACUCAGCUGCACUUUGUGAUACUUCAACAAAUAUUAAAGUAUUAAGAGAUGAAUAUUGUGUAAAACUAUAACAGAGUAAAUAUUUCCUCGUUAUUUGAUUUGUAUUUCUUUUCAAGUCCUAACACAGAGGCUCUGCCCCAUGGCCACAAAGACUGAUCCCUCAAGCCUCUCUUUGUUUAUUUUGCUCUUUCUCUUAUCUUUUUGUCAACAACGAUGAUGUUUGCACAGUUACCGCCUGUGAAUGACAUGUGAAGAAAACACCUUAUGUUACAGGAAGUAAAAAAGAAACUUGACAUGGCUAUAGUCUACAUUAGGUUUGUGUAAGUGACCAACAUUUAGCCACAUGCUUUGCGUGUUUGAAGACUGCCUAACACCUAUCUCCUCACCUCUUUUGUUGCUUUCCUCAACCAAGCGGGAGAAUGAGAUCUAUGUGUGAUGGUGAGAACCUUGUAAAGUGCAUUUCACAUCACUUGCACAACUGAACAUGGACAGUUCUGAAGAAAACCCAGUGACAUUUAGACUGGACUGAAUAGUGAUUCCGUGAUGUGAUUGGUGAAUUAGCUUGUCACAGCAAUCGAUGCACAGAGGAUGCAUUUUUAAAAACCUGAUUUAAAAAAAAAAAAAAAAAAAAAAAAAAAAAGAAAAUCUUUCAUGUCAGGCAUUACCGAUAGUCCAAAAUCAAGGCGAGUGGGAUUCUCUCACUGUAAAUGUUCUGCAUCUUGUGUGCUGAGGAUAAGAACACACGGAAGCACAGGACUGCCAUUCCUUACAGGACUUGAGAGGACACACACACAAAAAAAAAAAAAAGAUACAAAAAACAACACACGGACAAACCUGUACAUCUUUUAAGUGUAAGAGGACAAACUGGAAUUUGUAAAUAUUAUUUGUCGUUUGGUUUUGAUUGACUGGGCCGAACCUUCCGUUUGUGACAACAGGUGCAAAGUUUAGAUGAUUUCCAUGAUUUUAGCUCUUGUGUAUGUUUAAUUUGUCUCUUCUUCUAGAGCUCCUGAGCAAAUUCCCAAAGGUUAUGGGCACAUGAGUAGCCUACCUAAAGGAAAAAAUACUAAAUAAAAAGACCUGACAAGAGGUCAGGUCAAUAUAAGCAUAAGAAGGAGCUCAGGUAAGCUUUGGUAGUAUGGUCAUAAAGCUGCACGUGACUGGCUAAGGCACAGGUGUCAAACUCAAGGCCCGGGGGCCAGAUCCGGCCCGCCACAUCAUUUUAUGUGGCCCGCGAAAGCAAAUCAUGUGUGCCAACUUCCAUGAUUCUUGCUCAAAUCGGUUCCAAAUUUUUGUAUAGUAUUCAUAUGUAAUAAAUAGUAAUGGACUAUUGUAAGCAUGUUUUGCCUCCAAACCCCUUUUACAGUUACUUGAACAAGAGUUGAACAAACCAUUAUCCUUGACUUCUAAUUUCAAAACUCGUUAUCCAUCAAUUUGUUGUCUAUGUGUAAUAAUAUGAUGAGGCGAUUAAACGUUGAUAUGGUUUUACAAUCAUAAUGGCCCUCUGAGGAAAACCGUACAUACAAUGUGGCCCGUGACAAAAAUGAGUUUGACACCCCUGGUCUGAGGAGUUACACGGAGUUAUCUCAUCGGUUGUGAAUGCAGCUUUUGAAUAAAAUGAGUCCUUUUGUUGGUUGUAAAGCCAAAGAACAGAUGAAGGAAAUGAAUCAGAAAAGAAGAGAGAGGGCAAUUAUUUGAAAUGUGCUCCAAACAAACCAUAGAAUAUUACUUGUGAUGCUGUUCAGUUUAAUAGUUAGUGUCUCACAUUGUCUUGAAUUGUCAUACGGUAUAACCCGUCAUUGGGAGGUUGUGAAAUAUUUUAUGCCAGAGUCUUGGUCAUAUUUCAGGAUCCCUGCAUGGUGAUUGGUUUGCUUAUCGUUUGCAAUUUUGUCGUUCAUAGGUUGGUUCAAAGUUUGUUAGGAGUUUGUGACGCCUGCUCUUCUAAAGCGACAUCAUAAGAGAAGUAAAUACAAGGUCUGGAAAAGUCAUCGGGAAACGGAAGCACACUCACCAAGUUUACAUGUUUACACUAAACAGUUUCAAUGUUGGCAUUGGUAAGGAGAAGGGGGAUGAAGGAUUAAAAAUGCGGCAAUGUAUUCUUAGUAGCCUAUGACAUUUGUUGCUGGACUGGUAUAAAGAAGGCUUGCACCUGUUUGUCUCGUUCAUUUUGUCUGAUUCUGCAACAGGCUUUGAAGCUCCAGAUACUGGGAGAGAGCAUCAUGACCACACAGGGGUUAAAAUAAUUAAAGUUCAUAUUUCUAUUUCAAAUAGAGGCUAUUACACACUGUAUGUUGUGUACCUGAACUGGAAAACAUUAAAA